CUGUCGCGACUAAUUUCUCGUAAAGAAAUAAGGUAGGACAACAUUGUCUUGAGGAAAAUAAGAUCAAAGCAUUUAUUUAGAAUGUAUCUUGUGGGAGUUUGGGGGUCGGUCGAGAGAAUCAGAAUGUUGAUCUCGUAAGCAACCUACUUUGUGCUUCUGAACAUCAAAAGCAGCAACCCCACUAAUAGACACAAGGUUGUGAUAUAAGCAAAGGAUAAAGUGCGACUCCGAAUACCUUCAUUGGGUAAUGUUCUGUUUUCCCCUAGCUUACUCCAUUCUACUCCGGCUCUCUUCUCUUGUGUAAAUUCCAUUGUUAUAAGGGGAACCCUGUAGUAGUGUAUACACCUUGCCCUGUAUGGGAAGACGAUAGACCAGUGUACAUGUAAAGUAUACUACUCUGACAAGGCUUCGAAAAACUUUGAGAUCAUCUAGUCUCUUGGGACUUGAGGGGUCGAUAGCCUAAUAAAGUAUCCUCACUAUAACUUUUUGAUAAGAGGUUCAGUGUUUACUAGUGGUUGUGCUUAAGCGAAUCCAAAAGGGGAGAGAACAUACAGCGUUUGGUGAGUGAAGAGAGGAAGAUGUCCGAUUGGGGUCCGGUGUUUGUGGCGGUGGUGCUCUUCGUACUGUUAACGCCAGGUUUGCUGAUUCAGGUACCAGGUCGCAAUCGAGUUGUUGAGUUUAGCAACUUUCAGACUAGUGGAGUGUCCAUACUGGUUCACUCAAUUGUGUACUUCGCUCUCAUUUGCAUCUUCUUAUUAGCCAUUGGGAUCCAUUUGUACACGGGUUCUUAACUCUUUACUAGAAUCCUAGAGAUCAUGGACGGCCAUUUUCCUUUUUUACCUUUUUUAGGUUGUGUCAUGUUUGGUUGUCUUUUUUUUUUUUUUUUUUUUUUUUUUUGCUUUUGUUUCUCUUUUUUAACAUUCAAAUAUCAAUUCAAUCUCUUAUGAUUUGACGUGAUGUAUCAUCGGUUGGGAAAGCUCUGAUUAUUAAUAAAAUGCUCUUUUUUCUUC